CUGUACCUAGGUUACAAAGGGCGAAACGCCGUCCUCGAUAUACAGGAGUUGCCAGCGUACUUGGCUGGAAAGAAAGCUUCUAUCGUUGUUCAAGACUUCAACGAUGUCGACAGCGAAGCAACACUACGGGAGUUACACGACUAUCUGUUCCGAAGGUACAACUUGCUUGAUCGCGUAAUUCGAGCACGCAAACUGCAUCAUAGUCAUUUCUUUGCAGUUGAUAACGACUAUGGCCACGAAAAGUACCUGGACCGACUACAGAAUGAGCGAUACAACAUGGUUAAAGCUCUCGAGAAACUUGGCAAACGUGCUGCGGAAGUCAUGUACGAGCAGAAGCAGUGGUUUGGUUGGAUUAAACAAUGCCAGGAGAAAGAGGCGGAAGAGGCGGAAAGUGAGGGGAGGAAAGUGAAACUGGAAUCAUUACUCUUCAAACGACACCAAAAAGAGAUCGAUCGUCAUCAACGUGAAAGAAAGUCCAAAGAGAACAAGAAGCGCCAAGAACAGUACCUGAAUAAGAUGUAUGCCAAAAGCCUCGCGCAGAUGUCAAAGGAAGAGCAAGAGGAAUGGGAUCCUAUCCAAGAUGUGUACGGCUAUGAAAAGGAUAACUACAUUGAGCUCAUCAAAUUCUUUCUCAUGCUCAACGUGCAAGAGCAUGACGAGCUUCCUGUACAAGCGGAGCCAUCUCAGCUUGACGGCCCAGCGAAUUCAAAGCCUGCAGAGAAGGCGCUCUCCAAGAGCGCGAAGAAGAGAGCAAGAAAAGCUAACGCAGAGACAAAAAAGUUAGAAGAUCCAACCACACAAGACGAUGGGGGCAAGGGCUUCAUCGAAAUGGAGACUAAGGAGCAGAUGCGUGAGAGACUACGGACGCCUGUUCGGUUUGAACGCGUAGCAAGCUACUAUGUUCAUGGCAACGAGGGCGCUGUCGAGCCCAGGACGACUCCCAUACUUCCUCACGAUGAGAUCGAGCAGCUAUUGGUCGAGAUCGGCGAAAUUAAGAAUCUCCUCUUCUGUAGGCUUCUUUUAGCAUCUAGCGCACUGCUACCCAUUGCGAUCCAGACCAACAGCAUAGAGGAUUUUUUACAAAAGGACGAUGUGACAAGAGAGCAUUUACGAGAUCUUUGUCUCAAGUUGGAGCGUCCUAGUCUUCAGGAUGUGCGAGAUGCAUGUGCAGACUUCAUACGCGAGAGGGAUGGCGCUGAUGAGCCUGAGGUACCAACAGACUUGGCUGAAUACCCUUUCCAUAACGAUGUUACGGACGACAUCAUGCUACAAAUGCAUAAUAACAGUGGUCAGCGUUCUGUCCUCAUGAACCGAUACCGCACCAAACACGAAAGAGCGACAAAGAAGAAAUCACAACAGCGGCCGCCCGAGUCGGAAAAAAAUGGCCUUGUAGACUUUGGUAACACUUCUGGUGAGAACACAUUCAUUCAGAAGCGAGUCAAGAUCAGGGUUUGCGGUCGUGACAUGUACAACUACCGUAGCGAGCAAGCUCUCAACCGCAGCGGUUGGUUCCACUUCUCCAUCAUCGCCAAAGACUCCAACCUCGCUGAUGCCGUCGCCUUGUGUCGCAACUGGGACGAGUUCUUCGAGCUCAACAUACUGACCACAUAUCACUAUUUCCUGGCUCCAAAGUGGACAAGAUUCACUGGGGAUGCCCAUCGUCAACAACUCGCGCUUGUUGGGUUCAUACCUUACUUUCAAAUCGAUAAUGCCGAGGCUAAAACAAAAAGAUCUCAAACUGGCGGCCGUGGGAUUGCAGGAAGAUCACACGAGAUCAAAGAAUCCCGCAAUAUCAUUUGUGGCUACAUCAAGCGUAACGAUGUCUUCAAUCGUCGCUUCAUUCAGUACCUGACUAUGGAGUCUGGUGAACUACGUGCUUUGAUUCGCGAUCCAGUAACUGGUUAUGUCAUAGUGCAGCCACCCGAACAGGAACUCUGGCUAAGCCGUGAGAAGACUGGGAUUGGUAGAGCUAGCAAACGCGAAUACAAUAUAACUAGCGAAGUCGGACCUGCCUUUAUCGAAAAGGUCGAAGCUAGGAGGUCGUGGCAGGUCAAUUUCGAUGAUUACUACGAUGUUUACAUUUGGGAUGCGGCACCCGGUGGAGGCGCUCACGAGCUGCAGCAGAAGAUUGAAGAAGUGUUUGCGCAUGCCCUUCAGUUUCGGACAGCCAAAGACAUGUUAACCCGGGUUCGCCACAUCUUCCAAACUGUGACAGAAGAAGAUGAUACCGGGCGUAUUCGCAGCGUUCAUCCAGGAGAGAAGGUACAGACUAUGGCUGAUGUGCUCGACAAGAAUGCGGAGAUUGCUAGCAACCAGUCCGUUUCCGAAACACAGAAAGCAGUAGAUGACAUGGUUAAAUUGCGAUACGAGUUCACAGAGGCGGAUGAAGUAGAGGACGCCAUCCUGUUUCCAAAAGACGCGGAAAGCGACAUACCCAACCGGUCUCCCCGUUAUAAGACCGCCAUAGAGAAAUUCCAGAUGGGAAAGCUCAGAGCCUGGAAGAUCAGUUACGAUCUCAGUACUGAUGAGGAAUCAUCGGGUUCCGAUUCCGAUUCUAAUCCUGAUUCUGAAUCUGAAUCUGAAUCGAACGAAAACGAAGACGAAGACGACGCAAGUAUGGAAGAAAAUGCACAAUUACAAACGGACUUGAGUCCCAGGCGCGCUCCAGGUCAAGCUUUGAAAGGAGAUUUUCAUAAGCACUUGUUCGAGGCAGAUCAACAAGCACACAAGCAAAGAUCUGGUCCUUUGGUCCCACAAUAUGAGUGGGUGGCUAAGACAAAAGACCCACACUAUUUCUUACCUCUAGUACACGAUCCCGAGCAUGCACGCAUGGUAACGGCCGGACUCGAGGUUCCUCCUGCAGAUUUCAUGUAUACGCUAAGGACUGCUCUUCGCCGUCAGCGAGUAUAUCUUAACAAGGCGUAUGAUGUUGGGGAGAUGAUUGAAAGUCAUUCCCAACGGUCAAGUGAUAGAGUCGCGAAGGAGUGUUGUCAUCUCGGGGACUUGGAACCUGGCGGUCUUAGCAGGUAUAACGAGUACCAGUCUAUGGUAGCGUCCAUGGACAAUUUCGUCAUGAGCGCUAUCAACCCGGGUCCGUUCGAGCUCUGCAAGUUUAUGGGGAUGGCACCUCUCUUCCGCAAAGAGCGCCGAAACGUUGACGAUGCUUUCCAGGCCUAUGCUGCCAUCGCCAUGUUCUAUGAAACAAAAGACUUUGUCGCUUCUGAAUAUGGCAGACCAUUCAGGUCAUCCUUACUAUUUGACCAAGAAGAAAGAGCCAAGCGGAUUCCAGACCGGAGAACGCAUCACAGCAACAUGUAUAUGCCAGCGAAGCUUUGGGCCGAUCGGGACAAGCUUCUGAAAGACAACAAUCGAGGGGUUCUUGAGUUUGUAGAGGACAUUUACCCAAUGGAAUGGCGCAAAGCGAUACGUUCCGUGAUCAUUCCUUUGUUCAAAGCGGGCGUCAUUCGACUUUCGUAUCACCCGCGGGUCAGUGGUGUUGUAACAGCCGCGGCCGAACCCGGCCGCCCGCUCGACCUCUACGUUGAUUGCCGGCACCAGAACCAUUCAACGAAAAUGAUUGGGGAAAUGGUAGAUCCGACACCCUUGGACCGCGACUACAUGGUCAAGACGGCAAAGCAAUUUCGAGCUCAACACCCUUCAGCAAGGUUUUCAGCGCUGCGUAUGUGGUCUGCUCCGCACUUCUACCCAAUGAACGCCAGGGAGGGAGACAGGUUCUUGGACGACAGAGGCAGAUUCUGGGAAUGGAAGUACAUUCCCAAGGAUAUGCCAAUGAGCGAAUGGAGCAUACACAAAUCAAUGACUAUGACGCUGGGUCAAUAUGAAGACAUGUGGAAAGGUCAAGUGGUAGUUGCCCGAGAUCUGUUCCUGGUGAUGGAGGCCUGCUCCGGCCCUCGCCCAAAGCGGAAUCAUCCGGCCGAUCAGAAGACUCACAUUCCAGCGCAGUCCAUGCUUCUUCACGCCGACCCGAGCCUGGCCGAGGUCCCAGGCUUCAGAAAAGAGCAAUUGGACGCCUUGGCCCGCAGCGUCGAGCUGAGGAGGCAGCAGCUCGAGGACGACAUCAACGACUACAUAAAGGCCAAGCAGGACGAGCUGCGCAGAUAUGGCGACGAGCUUGUAGACCGGUACCGCUCAAUGGCAUGCGACCAGCAAUCCGCCUCUGCAGAACAAACCAUUACCAGUAAUGCUCAAAGCAUUGCGUCACCGCUCGACCCAGAGCCCGAAGAGAGGAUCAAGCAGAAGAAGCACACCAGAGUCCAUAAGCGGGAGAAGGAGCUCUAUGGCCUAGUUACGCCUGUCUUCCUUCCCCUGCUCGACGCACGCGACACGUCGCCGGAGAAGAAGAAGAAGAAGCCCAAGACUGAAGUCGCGCACGGCGCAAAUACCACCUCCAAAUCAGCCCAGCCAGGAGCGUCAAGAGAUGCUGAGCAGAGCAAAGACGGCCGGAAGUCUAGCAAGGACAAUACGAACAUGGAAUGCGCUGCCCCGGAGGAGCCAGCCAAGGAGAAUCACCCAGCCGAGACAGUCAAAAAGGCCAAGCGCACCACCAUGAAGAAGUCUGCGCUGCGACACAAGGACAAGCCUCGAUCGCAGCGGAAGCGAGUCAGUCUGGUCAUUGACGGCCAAACCGUCCUGCCCGCAGAUACCGUCGAGGAACCACCCCUCACAUCGCCCAGCAGCGAAGCAACGUCCGCCUCAAACUCAACGGCAUCGCUCGACGACAUGAUAGAUCCGCGACUCACCACCCCAGAGCCACCAGUCUACCUCGAACACCGCGACGCCGUACAUCACAGCCUGCCCCUUCCCAUGACCAACGCUAUCAACUCGGCUGCAAAACCCCUGUCAGAGGCACCAAAUACCAUAUCCAUUGCCGCCGAACACUCUCCACCGUUCACCUCCCCACGCUCCCCCAGCAUACCUUUCGGCUCUGCCCAAACCGCAACGCGCACGUUUCUCGACCCGUCCCCUUCACUCCCCUUACAAGCCGCGCAUUCCAUCCCCGAAACUGCUGGUCCAGAUCCCAUCUAUUCGACCGCCGCAGCCACAAGCGCCGAACUUGAAAUCGAUGACCUCUCAGACGACGACACCAAUUUCGAUACCUACGUCGGCGGGUUACACGGUAGUGGUGUAGAUGACGUGGAUCAGGCGGGGAGCUAUGGCUACCCCAGUAGUCUAGGCGCCAGCUACAUGGAGAGCUAUAUGCAGAAUCGGCCAUUGAGCGUGAGGAUGCAGGCUGCGAAUAAAGCUGGGUUGGGUGAAGAAGAAAAGAGGAAGUUGCUCGAGGAGAAAGUUGAAGACGAGGCUGCAGAAGAUGACGACUUGGAUGAUGAUUUCAAGCAUAGUGGGAGUUUGAGGAACAACAAGGCGGUGGAUACGGGUGAUGAUAACUUCAUGGGAGAUAUGGAUGAUUUUUGA